AUGUUGUCAACAAUUCUGGGACUCUGGGGAGUCUGCCCUGGCCCCUGGGGGCAGCCGGGCCUGGCUAGACUGCCUCUGGGCAGUUUCCGCAACUUGGCCCGGGCGUUGAGCACUCGGGCCCUCACGCCUCACCCCCUGUGUGGAGAGUGGAGACUAGAGAGUGGAGACUGGAGAGCGGAGACUGGAGAGUGGAGACUGGAGAGUGGAGACUGGAGAGUGGAGACUGGAGAGUGGAGACUGGAGAGUGAAGACUGGUCACGGCUCACGAGUCACGGACUCACGGGCGUCACGGCCACGGGAGACAGUUGGACUGGUUUUUCUGGAGUUUGA